AUGUCGCUCCCACAGCCCCUUCCCUAUGUCCCAACCGCGGAUGAGAUCGUUCCAGCGAUGCACCGCGUAAUCAACAAAUACAACGCUAUCCGCACCCAAAUCCUCCAAACAACUACUCCUUCCACUGCAACCUUCAGCAAUGUCAUUCUUCCCUUAGUGGAUGUCGAAAAUGCCGUCCAAGGCGAGCUAGGCAUGAUUGACAUGCUCCAAUAUGGGUCUCCGUCCCUCGAUACACAAGGCGCGUUCGAUGAGGCCCGAAAGUUGUACCUUAAAGCCUCGGCACUAUGGGCAGCAGAUGAACCCUUUUUCAGACUUCUAGAGGCGGCAAUAGAGAAGCCGGAGUUCCAGGCGCUGGACGCGGAAUCGAAGCACUUGCUAGAGAAGGAGCUCUUGGAGUAUAGGCAUGCUGGUCAUGGCAUCCUAGGGCACGUGGAGUUGGAGGAGUACCAGAAGCGCAAUAUGGAGAUUGCGCAGUUAGAAAGGAGGUUUCAGCAGAAUUUGGCUAGGGAGGCCGGGGGAGUAUGGUUUACGUUAGAGGAGUUGGAUGGAGUGCCAGGAGAUGAGUUGGCGAAGUGGCGCGAUUCUCCAGCAGAAGGCGAAUUGACUAAUGAAAAGCACCAGCAACGGAAGAAGUUUGUGCCAUUCGCAAAUGGAGGAACACUGGCUGUAUUAACACAUGCUCAUUCUUCAGAAACUCGCAAGAGAAUGUUUCUGGAGGAUAAUUUGAAGCUGAAGGAGAAUAUGCCGCUAUUUGAAGAUAUUAUCAAGCGCCGUGCUCGGCAGGCACAGGUCCUGAAAUAUCCAAGUCACACGGCAUUAAGGAUCGAGAGGCGCAUGGUGAAGACCACAGAAUGGGUGAAAGGAUUCCUACGUCAACUACAGGCCACUCUUUGUCCCUAUGGCCAAGGUGAGAUCGCAGUAUUGCAGCGUCGACGGCUAGAAGAUCUACGAGCGAGAGGCCAAUUCGGUGAUAAAGAAGCCGGAGAUAGGUUUCCCCCCUGGGAAAAGCGAUACUAUGAGCGGCUGGUGCAACGUGAGUUUGAAGUUGACCAGCUGAAGAUCUCAGAGUUCUUCCCGCUGGAGAGAACUGCAACUAACAUGCUAGGCAUCUUUGCCUCUUUGCUUAAUCUGAGAACCCAUCCGAAAAGCUGA